CAAAUUUUGCAUCGUUAUAUGCGCGUGAUUCCGCUCGUAGCAAAGACUUUUCAUAUUCAGUAAUUAAUAAUGCAUGUUCGAAAACAGAUGCGCGUGCAGAAGGAUGCGUUGGGACCACCUGUUCUCACACGUGCGUAUAUCCUCUCGCGGUCGUAAAUAAUUUGACGCUGAAGGAAUUUUGUUUAAAGAUCCUCGAGUUCAGGUAGCUGAAUUUAUCGAACACGUUCUUUGAUUUACUCUGAAGCUACCAUGUGUUACGUCAUCGUCACGUGUCGCUCCUUAGGGUGGACGCUUCUCAGUGUCACUGUAACUUUAGCAACGGUCGCAGCAGUCAUAUCGCCACACUGGAUGAUCGGGACCCCUCGUGAAACUGCCAUUAAAUUAAUCAAUGCGUCCGAGGAGUUUAUGGACUCGGAAACUUUCAGACCAACCCUAGGAAUUUUUAAUAGGUGUACAAAGCUUCAGCUGGACUUUCAGAUAGCCAAAGUGAGGGACAACUGUGCUACAUUCGUUGUGUCGUUCACAGCCGAGGAUGACUUUUUUCCGCAUGCCUGGAAGGCGUGCGUGAUACUGUUCGCUCUCGCCGGAACUCUUCUGCUUUUUUCCAUGCUGUGCUCUGUCAUGAGUCUCUUCGUUCGAUCCAUCUGUGGCAAGAGUAUUUUCACGGUUGCAGGAUUCAUCCAAAGUAUUGGAGGGUUAUUUUCCGUGAUCGCUCUUGUUAUAUACCCUACUGGAUGGGGCACCAAAAGGGUGCGCGAUUUAUGCGGUGAAUACGCGGAACCUUACGUCAUAGACAGCUGUACAAUAGGUGAGUUUACAGAACCUUACGUCAUAGCCAGCUGUACAAUAGGUGAGUUUACAGAACCUUACGUCAUAGACAGCUGUACAAUAGGUGAGUUUACAGAACCUUACGUCAUAGCCAGCUGUACAAUAGGUGAGUUUACAGAACCUUACGUCAUAGACAGCUGUACAAUAGGUGAGUUUACAGAACCUUACGUCAUAGCCAGCUGUACAAUAGGUGAGUUUACAGAACCUUACGUCAUAGACAGCUGUUUACAGAACUUUACGUCAUAGACAGCUGUACAAUAGGUGAGUUUACAGACAUCCCCGAUAGGACCUCUAGUAUUAUUUUUUUCAUUUUAAGGAAUAAAUCUAAUGUCAGGAUUGUUUAUGUUAACAGUAAACUGAUUGUGCAGAAUUCCCCCAACCUAUUGGUCAAGACUCCUCACCUCUUAAUGAUCUAAGUCUUUUAAGUGUUACGUCAGAUUGGAAGGUGGAUGACGCGUCACUGCCUGCAUUGAAAAUGAUGAAACAUCAAAAGUUUAUUCCUUCGAACAACUUGAUUAAGGAAAUCUAGACAUGACGCAUUAAAUCGGCCAUAUUAUGACGUAAUAUGGGUUUAUUAAGGUGUGGAAAUCUGGGAUAGGGUUGAUGCACAAAAGAACUAUGUGGUAGGCCUAUUAUUACUUGUGAGGAGAUUUAAAAAAAAAAAAGAAUAAUAUUUUAACCAGGCCGAACGUGCAUGCUCCGAGAGCUGUCAGUUCUCGUCCGAUCUCGGAUUUAAUCUCGCAUGUAGUUUGUUAAAUGCGUUCUCCGAGAAUGACUGACACGUAUAUUGAGACGUCACCAGCUGUAGGUAAAGUACCACACAUUUAGACCUAGGGGCUAUAUGCUUAGUGCCCGGGACCGUAUCUGUAACCUAAGAUGUUUGGAUAAAAUAAAAAGACCUGUAGAGACUGCUCCGGUGCCAAACGCUCGGCAUUUAGAUGUGAUUGAUAGAUUGUAUUUUGUUUAACGUCCCUCUUGAGAAUUUUUCUCUCAUAUGGAGACGUCACCAUUGCCGGUGAAGGGUUGCGAAAUUUAGGCCUAUGGUUGGCGCUUAUGGCGUUUGAGCAGGGAGGGAUCAUUAUCAUACUGCACUUGUUGUGACACGGGACCUCGGUUUUUGCGGUCUCAUCCGAAGGACCGCCCAAUUUAGUCGCCUGUUACGACAAGCAAGGGGUACAGAGGAAUUAUUCUAACCCGGAUCACCACGGCAUCAUUUCUAUGUAAGAGUCGUGGGUCCUAUGGAGGUCUCGUAUCACGGCAGGCGUUGACAAGUUAAGUAACCCUCACUGCUGCAGUCGUGAGAGCUAAGCACAAGUAAACUUUUUCUACAGAUGGCAAAUUAUCAAUACGAGUGAAAAUUCCUGGAAGGGAGCAAAAAGAAAAAUACCCCUUUUAGUCUGGAUCAUCCCGACGUUUGUGAUGAACACCGUCUCGUGAGGGGCCUUAGGGGGGUGGGGAGUCGGCUUAUACACAAAAGUAGGGAUGAUCUGCGCUUUAUAAAACUUCCUGCACCGUGGUGAGUAUAAACAAACGUCUGGAAGAUCCAGUCUACUUUUGUAUUUUCUGUUUAUUUGUGAUGUGGGUUUCUUUCUUUUUAUGUGACGUAAUUCUAUUUUCAGGCUGGUCGUACUACCUGGGUAUAGGGGCUACCGUGCUGGUGUUUGUAGCCGCCAUCCUGUCCGUCCCCGCCGACAGAUCCACAACCAGCCGCAAAGUGGAGGAGGAGAUGCUGGAGGGCAAAAAUCUCAUUUGUGUUUUAUGACGUCAUUCAAGGAAACCCACCAGUAUUACUCGGAACCCUUCAGAUGGUUUCUUCAUACUUUACCCUUCGAUGAAUAUUUCAAUUGCAAAUUCAAACAAGUUGAAGGUCAAUUCCUACUUGCGAGGUUGUAUGUUUCAAUGCGAAAUGUAGCGUAGAUUUUCUAAGCACAAAAUUCUAAUUAGAAUUUUACAUGUAUAGGCCUCGCCGGCUCCUCUACGCUACAGUACAAGGAUGUGUUGUAGAGAAGUUUGAAUAUAAAGUCCGACUUCAUUUGUCAAACCGUCGUACGCCGGAUGCGCUGGUUGGAAUGCGAUUUUCAGUAUGUAGAAAUGCAAAUAUCAUUACCAUGCAAAUAACGUCAAAAAGUAACAAAACGUUUGAGUUUUUCAUUGUGUCAAAACAGAAUCCACGUUUAUUGUUAGUCACGUUUUUAUGGAAUUUUCGUGAGAUAUGUCAAGGAUUUGGACGAUUUGAAUUUAUUUUAAAAGUGACAAGAAGGACAGCAUCGUGUUCCGCCAAUGUUUCUCGCCCGUUUAUUUCAUUUGUUAGUGCGGCGCUUUACGCCCGCUCAUACAUGGUCGGUGCAGUGCGGCACUUUACGCCCGCUCAUGCAUGGUCGGUGCAGUGCAGCGCUUUACGCCCGCUCAUGCAUGGUCGGUGCAGUGCGGCGCUUUACGCCCGCUCAUGCAUGGUCGGUGCAGUGCGGCGCUUUACGCCCGCUCAUGCAUGGUCGGUGCAGUGCGGUGCUUUACGCCCGCCCAUGCAUGGCCGGUGCAGUGCGGCGCUUUACGCCCGCUCAUGCAUGGUCGGUGCAGUGCAGCGCUUUACGCCCGCUCAUGCAUGGCUGGUGCAGUGCGGCGUACACCGAUUUUGGACAAAUGAAGCCUCCCCUUUGUUUUGUCCUUGGUGUUUCACUACAUGGACCAAUCUUAAACCCCACAGUGCCGUAAAUAUUUCUCGAUGUCCAUGAUUGAUUUCUCUGUCAAACUUCAUUGUGCGGUAUAAAUAUAUUUCACUCCCCUCUAGUAUGCAAUUUUAUGUUGACUGAUGGGCUAUAUACUGGUCCAAAGACUGAUUGAUAUUAUGUAUAUUUAAUACUCAGAAUGAUUGCCUUUCUUGGCGAUACCCAGAGAAAUUUAGAAAUAUUCCAUUAUUUAUUGAUAUUUUUUUUAUAUGAAUAAAGAAUUUGUCAGUGAAUCAAAUUUUCAUUCACUCUUCCACUUAAUGGUGUAUAGUGAGUGAUGUUCGAGGAUCACGUGUAGGAUCAGGCGUAGAAAUAUUGAAUUGAAGCAAUUAAUGUCCAAAACUGGUGAAAAUCCACGAGGAUGCGGGUUACUAAUGGUGGAUUAGCAAAAAUCGAUACCCAUGCAAGAAAAAGUUGCGAGAGUGAGUCAUCGGCCAACUUAUGUCCACUAUCCUAUUCUCAUUCUUAGGGGCGCCUAGGUCGUAGGAUUAUAUACUGGUUCUCUGCCCUUGAUUCCAAUCGCUGCCGCUAGGAGGCGGAGACUGAUGUUUAAUUGUACACACAUGUAUGUUCUAUGUUUUGUAAGUGUCUUAUACUAUUCUCUCGUUUAUGUUAAUUUAUUCCCUACUGAUUGGAUUUAUUUCACGUGUAAUACUGAUUUCUGUUAUUGUACAUUUUUUGUUCACCUCAUUCAUGCGAAGAUUUUAUGCAUUGUACAUUUAUUCAGGAUAAUUUAUGCGAGCAUGUUUCUAAUUAUUCUUCAAAAUAAAAUGGAAAAAUGUU